AUGGUCGUCUCAGAUGCACUCAGCAGGGCCUACCUCAACAAUCAAUCAACUGAAAUUGAUCAACCUGAUUUGAUUCACUGUAUCCAAUUCCCUUUCGACAACCUUCCCAUCAGCGAUGCUCGCCUGACUGAAUUUCAGAAAAAGACAGCCUCUGACACUACAUUACAGCAACUCAAGGAAUACACUCUUAAAGGAUGGCCACAACAACGUGACAUUCCUCAAACAGUCAAGCCAUACUACAACAUCCGUGAUGAAAUUGUUUACAACAACGGCUUACUUCCUCAAAGGUCAACGCAUCAUCAUCCCAUCAUCACUGCGCAGCACCAUGAAAGCAAUCAUACACCAGGGACACACUGGCAUUGAAAGUUGCAAAAGAAAAGAUAUGAUCAACACGCUAAAGAUCUACCUGAUAUCCAACCAGGAACUGUUGUUCGAAUCCGUGCAAAGGAAGAUGAGAAAUGGAAUCAACUUGGUAAAGUCGUGGAGAAGUGUGCCGAGCCACGGUCCUAUCGUCUCCUCAAUGACAAAGGAAACAUUGUGAGACGCAACCGCGGCCACCUUAUCCCGUGUAAGGACAGAUUCCAGAUCCGGAAUGACUUUGAUUAUGAUGAUCUAGAAGUGACAACCCGACCCAGUUCUCCAGAAUCACCAAACGAAAUCGUCACAAGAUCUGGUCGAGUCGUUCGAAAAUCGACUAGAUAUAGCUAG